AUGAAGAACUUGCACGUAUCUUGCACCUGUGGCAAAAAGGGUAAACCACCUUCUGCCCAUCUGUCUGGCUGUUCCAUCAGUAGAAAGAAUGGCAAAGACCUGACCGACAAAGACAAGAUGAAGUCACUUUUGGAUAACGAUAUGCAAAGAUGGAGAAACACUUCAAACACAUCCUCAUCACAAAAUUCGAAUCCCAGUGAUAGCUCUCCAGGAAGCUUAGCACAACAGCCCAUCUCUCCAGGCUCCAUUACCAAAAGUAACAACAACAACAACAACAGCAGCCAACUAAACCAACUAAACCAACUAAACCAACCACACGCUAACAACCAGCCCCAGAAUCAUUCUCUGCUCACUUCGCCCAAAGUUGGCAAUCCAGAACUUAAUCACAAUUUUGUCAUUGAAGAUGUGCUCAUGCCGUUUGACACCAAGAGUGGUCUCUUUGACUUGUUCUCAAGACUGAGUCCCGCAAACUCCAACCAUACAAAUACCAAUACCAAUAUAAAUACACACAGUAACACUUCAACACCAAAUGGAUUAAAUGCAACUACAAAUGCAAAAGAGAAUCAGACUUUUCUGGGCAUGACAAAUGGAGUUGAAAAGGAACCUCUACAAGAUUUUACACAACAACAACAACAACAACAGCAGCAGCAGCAGCAGCAAGAGCAACAACAACCGGAGAACAAAUCACAAGAAUAUCCAUUAUAUAAUGAAUCAUCAUCGUUCAAUCCUCCAAAUGACACUUAUUUUGAUAUCAAAGAUCCAACACAAUUGGAUAGUCUACACAUGAGUCCCGACGAGGUUGAUGUUGUAGAUCAUAUGUUUCCGUUAUUUCCCUUGAUUGGUGGCCAAAGUUUUGAUAAUGAAAACCAACCAUUACUGGGAAUGCCACCGGAAGUUAAAAAGACUUUACCAUACCAACCAACACCAAUGCGUCCCGGACAGGACUCUCAAUUUGCCAACAUGGGCUACAGCUCGGAAAGCUCUUUACAAUCAACACUAGAUCUGCAACUGCAACUGCAACUGCAAUUUCAACUGCUACAACAACAUCAACAACAACCACCGCAGAAUAGCUUGAAUCGCAACAAUAGCCUUAACAACCAUUACCAACAUAACAACAGCUACCAGCAGCUGCGACCUAAACGUCCAGAAAGUGUAUUAUCAAUAGCUUCGAAUUCAUCAUCCCGCUCAUUCGAUUUUAUGGGUAAUGCAUUUUCAAAUCUGAACAAUGCAUUCAUGAAUGGAAGUUUCCCCCUCCCAACAAACUCUACAGCAUUUCCACCAUCGGGCGGUAAUAACAGUAACACCAAUACGCAUGACGAUUAUUCACUUUCGCACUCGCAUUCGCAUUCGAGCUUGAACUAUGAUGACCAUGCUACAGGCCACCAUCAUUUUGGGAAAACAGGGUUGGGCUCCAAUUCCAAAUUUGGCUCUCAGUUGAGUAAGAUUGAAAGUGAGUUGUAUACAGAAUCAUUUGACGAUGAUGCCUUUGGCAACCAUGAAGACGAUUACAACCAAUAUCAAGACAAGCAGAAUCAAGAACAAUCUGAGUUGAAUAGUAUCAACGAGGCACCUCUGAAUUAUAGUCAGUCCUUCACAAGCUUACAACAACCUCAACAAGAGCAAGGACAAAAUCAAUUUCAGGAGCAGCAACCAGAGACAUUAGAUGAUUAUAAUGUCUUUAACAAAUCAAAUAACUCGUUUGACACAAACAAUCCUAAUGACGUAAUAGAUCAAACAACGUCGUAUCCACCAAAUUUCUACAAUUUUGACAGCAGCAAAAGCUAUAAUGAUUCCAACGCCAUUUACGAAAGCAACUACAGCAAUCACGAUAACAAUAUAACUACCACCAACGACAACAGCAACAACAGCAACGACAACGACAACGACAACAACAAUAACAAUGAUAAUAACAAUAAUAGCGACAACAACUAUAACAAUGAUAAUAACAAUAAUAGCUACAACAACUAUAGCAUUAACGAUUCGUUUGAUCCACUUAAUGGUCCUCUGUUAGGCGAUUUGACAUUUGGUACAAUGCCCGGUUUUGCAUAUAAUAACAUCGAUAAUAACAACACCACCAUGAAUACUAAAACAAAUACCAACAAUAACAAUAUCAAUAGCAUCAAUUCCAAUAACAAUUUGAAAUCUGGAUUAAGUAUUGAUACAAACACAUUUGACAAGAAUAUUCUUAGUUCUUAUAACGAAGAAAUCCCACUAUAUCGAGAUUUUGCUGUUCCUAUGGGUAAACCAAAAAACAGAGAGUGA